GGCGAGCCCCGCCGCCUAGCUCCAGCUUGCGGUGCUUUUGUAAACCGGCCUCCGACUGGCAGCGGAAAACAGUCCCGGCUUCGAGCUUCAAAGGGCGCGUCCACGCCGCCCCGUUUCUCCCCCACCACACCCCCUUCCCCCAUGACUUAAAAAGAGUUUGCUCGCCGGUGCGAAAUCCCGCGGGGGAGGUUUGCGGAGGGCGUGGAGCCGCUGCCGGGGCAUGGCAGGUCGGGAGUCCUCAGCUGGAUGACGGAGAGAAGCCAGCCAGCCAGAAGAGAGGUAAAUAAAACCUUCCACCCAGCCGACACCUUCCCCACGUCCCCCAUCCCGGCAUCCCGCAUGGAAGAGCUUGAUCAUGACUAUUAGAUAGCAUCCCAUAUCACAAUGACUAUGGCUCCCCGAAAACGGAGUCGUCAUGCUUUGGGGUUUCUUUGCUGCUUUGGGCGGAGUGAUCUGCCUGAAAUCAACCUCAAGGACAACAACCCUCUGCAGUUCUUGGAGUUCUCAGUGCCAAUCCCACCAGCCGAAGAACUGAAUGCAAGGUUCUCUGAGCUUGUGGAUGAAUUGGAUCUCACAGAUAAGAAUAGAGAGGCAAUGUUUGCACUCCCGCCAGAGAAGAAAUGGCAGAUCUAUUGCAGCAAAAAGAAGGAACAAGAAGAUCCUAACAAGCUUGCUACAAGCUGGCCAGACUAUUAUAUUGAUCGCAUCAAUUCCAUGGCAGCAAUGCAGACCCUGUAUGCUUUUGAUGAAGAGGAAACAGAAAUGAGGAAUAAAAUAGUUGAAGACUUGAAAACAGCUCUGCGAACUCAGCCCAUGAGAUUCGUAGUAAGGUUUAUUGAGUUGGAUGGCCUGAGCUGCUUGCUGAACUUUUUGAAGAGUAUGGACUAUGAAACCUCUGAAAGCCGUAUACACACAUCCGUUAUAGGAUGCAUCAAGGCUCUAAUGAACAACUCCCAAGGACGAGCCCAUGUUCUAGCCCACCCGGAAAGCAUCAAUAUAAUCUCGCAGAGCUUACGGACUGAGAACAUCAAGACCAAGAUUGCUGUGCUGGAGAUACUUGGGGCUGUUUGCUUAGUACCAGGAGGUCACAAAAAAGUUCUACAGGCCAUGCUUCAUUACCAGGUCUAUGCAGCGGAGAGAACAAGAUUCCAGACUCUACUCAAUGAGCUAGACCGAAGCAUGGGGAGAUAUCGUGAUGAAGUGAACCUAAAAACAGCCAUCAUGUCCUUUAUUAAUGCUGUAUUGAAUGCAGGUAGUGGAGAGGACAACUUGGAAUUCCGACUGCACCUACGAUACGAGUUUCUAAUGCUGGGUAUUCAGCCCGUUAUUGACAAACUAAGAGGACAUGAAAAUGCAACAUUGGACAGGCACUUAGAUUUCUUUGAGAUGGUUCGAAAUGAAGAUGACUUGGAACUUGCAAAGAGGUUUGAAAUGGUACAUAUUGACACAAAAAGCGCCUCGCAGAUGUUUGAGCUGAUCAAGAAAAGGUUGAAGCACACAGAUGCUUACCCCUAUUUACUAUCUGUACUCCAGCACUGUUUACAAAUGCCGUAUAAAAGAAAUGGGGGAACUUUUCAACAAUGGCAACUUUUAGACAGGAUACUGCAGCAAAUUGUUCUUCAGGAUGAACGAGGGAAUGAUCCAGAUGUAUCUACUUUGGAAAACUUCAAUGUCAAGAACAUCAUUAAGAUGUUGGUAAAUGAAAAUGAAGUGAAACAAUGGCGAGAUCAAGCAGAAAAAUUUCGGAAAGAACAUGUUGAACUGAUGAGCAGGCUAGAGAAGAAAGAAAGGGAAUGUGACAUAAAAACCCAAGAGAAAGAUGAAAUGAUGAAGACGCUGAAUAAAAUGAAGGACAAGUUGCAAAGAGAAUCCCUGGAGCUUCGCCAAACUCGGGAUCAAAUGAGUGACCUUGUUGUUCAGCUGAAUGAUUUUUCGAAAGGGAAUAGUACAUUCCCAAUUCCUCCUCAACUACCACCUGGUGGACCAUUUUCUUUGUCCUCUUCUCUACGAUCAUCAGAGAUUUUGCCACCUCCUCCCCCACCUCUUCCUUUCUCCAGCUGUCCUCCUCCUCCAGCUCCACCACCACCUCCAGGUGGACCUCCACCACCACCUGGAGCACCUCCAUUCUUCAGUGUCAGUCUGCCUCCAGUUUCUUCCACCACCACGUUCAGCAACAGUGAGAUUAGCCUACAGAAAAAAUCAAUCCCACAGCCAUCUCAUCCACUGAAAUCCUUCAAUUGGGCCAAAUUGAGUGAGGAAAAGAUACAGGGUACAAUCUGGCAUGAAAUUGAUGACAUACGGGCUUUCAAGAUGCUGGAUUUGGAAGAUUUUGAAAAAAUGUUUUCAGCCUAUCAAAGACAUCAGGACCUGUUAACUAAUCCUACUUCUUCCUGUAAGCCGAAGGAAAUGGGAUCAACUGAAGAUCUAUACCUAUCCAGUCGAAAGGUGAAAGAGCUUUCUGUGAUUGAUGGCCGGAGAGCACAAAAUUGUGUCAUCCUCCUUUCCAAGUUGAAGCUAUCUAAUGAAGAAAUUCGGCAGGCAAUUUUGAAAAUGGACGAAGAAGAAGAUCUGGCGAAAGACAUGUUAGAGCAGCUACUGAAGUUUGUUCCAGAGAAGAGUGAUAUUGACCUGUUGGAAGAACAUAAGCAUGAAAUUGAUCGCAUGGCACGAGCAGAUCGUUUCCUCUAUGAAAUGAGCAGGAUUGACCACUACCAGCAAAGACUUCAAGCAUUAUUUUUUAAGAAGAAGUUUCCAGAGAGGCUUGCUGAAGCUAAGCCAAAAGUGGAAGCUAUUCUCCUGGCCUCCAGAGAGCUCAUCCGCAGCAAGCGCCUGAAGCAGCUCUUGGAAGUUGUGUUGGCCUUUGGCAAUUACAUGAACAAGGGACAAAGAGGAAAUGCAUAUGGCUUUAAGGUUUCCAGCCUGAAUAAGAUUGCGGACACCAAAUCUAGCAUAGAUAAGAAUAUUACCUUAUUGCAUUACUUGAUAAUGAUCUUUGAAAAGAAUUACCUAGAUGUGCUUGAAGUACAGUCUGAACUGCAACAUCUUCCAGAAGCAGCAAAAGUCAACCUCGUGGAGCUGGAGAAAGAAGUUAAUAAUGUAAAGACUGGGUUGAAAGCUGUUGAAACUGAGCUAGAUUAUCAGAAGAGGCGUAUGCGGGAAUCGGGUGAUAAAUUUGUCCCAGUCAUGAGUGACUUUAUCACAGUAGCCAGUUUUAGUUUUUCUGAGCUGGAAGAUCUUCUGAAUGAUGCAAGGGAUAAGUAUGCCAAAGCACUGAAGCAUUUUGGAGAGAGUGAGGGAAGGAUGCAGCCAGAUGAAUUUUUUGGCAUCUUUGACACCUUCCUGCAAUCAUUUACAGAAGCUAAGCAAGAUCUGGAGAAUAUGAGGAAGAAGAAAGAAGAAGAGGAGCGCAGGGCACGCAUGGAAGUCAUGCUUAAAGAACAGAGAGAGAAAGAGCGACGUCAGAAGAAAGCAAAGGCUGGUAGUAUCUCAGAGGAAGGAGGAGGAGAGUUUGAUGAUCUUGUGUCAGCACUGAGAUCAGGUGAAGUUUUUGACAAAGACUUAUCCAAGCUCAAGCGCAACCGUAAGCGUUCAGGGAACCAAAAUCUGGAGACAAGUCGGGAACGAGCAAUAACAAAGCUCAAUUAUUAAAUACGGAUGAUGUACAGAUGACACAAAAUGCAAAACCGUCAUGAACGACUGCUGCAACCAAGAUGGUGAGAUUGUCUAAAACCUUUCUGCAGGAAGCGCAUCCUAGUGCCAAUGGCUUUUUUCCCCCCAGGAUAAACUUAUUCUGCUGACUUGCUCUCUUCCAUAUUUACAUAAUCUGGAAUGAUUGUAAAAGUGCCUCUCUAGUGCCCAAAGGAUUUGUCAUCAAACCUUCCUUUUGAUUGAUCAAAUUGCUUCUCGCUUCCACUACAAUUUCACUUGGACCCUUUUGAUGGGACAGAAAGCUCGGGGUUUUUGGGUUUUUUUUGGUUUUUUUUUUGCACCAGUUACUUGGGGUGGGUAGGGGAGGAUCAUUGUGCCAAAGUUUACACAUUUUUUUAAAAAAAAAUCUCCAAUGCUGAGAAAAUGCAAGACACUCUCAGGAUGGUUCUGAAUUUUCCUGCCAUUCUUGGUUUGGCCUGCCUUCAAAAGUGAAUUAGUGGUAUUAUAGUGUUGUGGUUCUCUUCCUCCACUGGAUAUCCCAAAGGCCAUUGACUUUGUAAAACAUGACAUUGGACUCAAGGACUGGUAUUUACUGGUGCAUGCCAAGCAAGUGAUGUUGCGUCAGAGGAAGUAGUUAGAGCUGUUCUGUUUCUGAGAUGCAUAAAAUGUUUAGGAAACUCACUCCCCCCCACCCCAACUAAUCACUUGAGUAUUUGGAAGCGUGCUAAGUCUUUAUACUAAGUUGUGAGAAAAUAGGAGGAACCAUACUCUUUAAGAGUGAUCAUCAUUAACCUGAACCUGAUCAGUUAUCAUUGCUAAGCAAUGUGGUAGGAAACGGUUUGGGGCAUAGCAGUAUUUCCAUUUGUAAAACUGCAUUAUUUUGAUAGCACAGUAACAUGAAUUAUUUGAACUAAUAAGAGGUAGAAACUAAAAAAAACAAACACAAAUGGUUUGUCCGAUAGUUGAAAGGGAGAAUCCGGUCAUUUAUUGGAAGCAGUGACUCAACUGGGAUGGACAUUUUUCAUUCUAACAAGACUGGCCUUUUCAGAAACCGCAACCCUUCCAAAAACAUUUUCACAGUAUUAUGAAAUUGUAAGGUGACUGGAACAUUCAAGGACUUUUCCAUCACAAUGGAAGUGACAAAGAAAGAAUUAAGAUAUAUGGCAGACCCAAAAGGGAUUAUCCAGUAUGUUUGAAAACAACUAUUGCAAGUGAGAAUAAACAAGCAGUUUAUGAUGUAAUAAGAAAUUGUCUGUAGAACAGCCAAACAGAAACCUGCAUUUGUAGAGAGAACCAAAUAAUACUUCCCUGUUUCAUUGUUCUUACAUGGUUGUACAUUAAUAGAACUAUGCAGUAUAGGUUUUUAAUGUUAUGAAUUGAGUAGUUAUUCAUCAGUUCUCAACUGGAUCUCAGGAAAAAAUAAGAUGGUGCAAGCUUGAGUGUGAGCAAUAUGGAGGCAAAGUUUAAUAUGCCUGAAAAAGCUUUUCUGCAAGGGCAAAACCCAUAGGAUUCCAGGGAUUAUAAAAGACACUCCAGUUCUCAUGUUGAUUACUAGCUUUUGUUGGUAUAAAAAAGUUGGUAGAUUCAAGUUUAUUUCUGUAAAGUAGAAAUUCCUUUCUCCCUCAAGCACAGAUUAAUAAGCCAUAUUGCAAGAUUCCCCUAUCAACAUUGGGUUAAAUAUUAGGAACCCUAAAUAGAAGUGCUCAAAUCUUCAAAAAUAAUUGACUUAUUUUUGUAUGCCCUCGUUUUCAGUGCUCUGGUUCUGAAUUUUUCUGUUCAUAGCAUUCCAGAAUACAGGAUGUUUUCAAUACAUGUAUGGGAAGAUAAUUUGCCUUUAUAUAAAAAAACCCUCUGUCAUAGGGCUGUCUGUUUUUUAAAAAUAUUAUUUAGAGCAGUAUUUCUUAAAAGUGUUCUGGCCAUCCUCUCAAAAAUCCACAAAAUCAAAAUUCUUAAUAUUAAAAUUCCAUCAAAUUGUGAGAGCUGGCAAUGAAUGCAAAUGUUUCGUAUAGUAAAUGGUGAUAAAUAUAAUCCUUACAAAUGAAAGUUCAUUUGGAGUCCUCCAUAACUUUAAAAAGUGGAAAGGGUCCUUAUAGAAAAAAAUUUAAGAAACACUGAGUUAUAACAUGAUCCUUCAACACAUGUAAACUGACCUAUCUGUCUAUGAAGAUUCUUAGCCAUCCAGGUCAUAGUUGUCCUAAAGGUGCUUUUUCAAGAGGCAACUGGACUUUCUGCGGGUUGUUUUUUUUUGAAGACACUUCACUUGGAUGAGAAGUGAAAUGUCUUCAAAGAAAAACCAGAAAAUCCAGUUGCCUCUUGAAAAAACACCUUUGGGAUGACCCCUGUCUUCCUCUUUCAGAACUGAAUGAUUCCACCCUAAAUAUUCUUGAAGAUUAACAGGGUUAUACUUUUGGGAUUCUUCAGGAUGAAUGACAAGAUAUUUUAAAGAAAAAUGUGAAUGUUACAUUCAGCUUCUGGCUGUUCCCAUUAGUAGAACUGUAGUAUUACACUAUGUCUCUUGUGUUGUCUUGUCCAAGAAAGACUAAAAUGGCAUAAAUCAAGGCAAGUCCAUUUUCCUUGCACCAAAUCUCAAGAUUUCACCUUCAAAGUAAUAAACAUAGUAUUCACAAAUUCCUUAUAGAGAUUAUAUACCGCAAAUAAGAUGCAGUCCUGUUCAAGUUCUUCAUCUGUGACUAUACUCCUUCCCUUCCUAUAAAGUAUAAUCUGAGCCAUCUAAUUGUUUCUGUAGUAAGGUAAGUAAAUAAGUAACAUUGUUACUGCAGUAAGGAAUCAGGUUGAAGAGAAGGUAGUUCUAGCUAGAGGUUUCAGGGAGAUCUUCUCAGGUGGUCCAGACAUCUCUUAAUUUAGAUGAUGGGCAGGUAAUCCUGAUGUCUGGAAGAUACUUAAGUACAUUGCAUCAGAGUAACUUUAGAAAUCGCCUUCCUUUCAGCUAGAGUGACUAUCAGCACUAGAGGCCCCUACAAGAACCUGAGGAGGUUGCCAAUUAUCAAUGUGGUACUUAAAGCAGGAAGGGGGAGAUUCUGUGUUCAAAUAAACAUUGAAUGUUUUUUCCCCUAGGAGAUUGGGCAGUCAAGGAAAUUCAUAUGAUAGUUGAAGAGAAUCAAAAAUUUCAUUUUUGUCUCUAGCUCUUCUAUAUAACACCUGGUUUUUAAAAAUUAUUAUUAUUGCCAAAAUUUCUGUCACUGGUUCUAUAAGAUAAAGCACUGGAGUAUCUUUUCACCUAUCCUAUAAAAUCUAUAGCAAUCUUGAUAAGAGAUUUGUAGGUCUCAGUAGUUUCAAUUCUGUUCCUUGCAAUAAGUUUUUUUUUUCAGAGCAAUACCUAGCAGUUUGGUUUAGUGAUAGAUUUCCGGCGAAUAUCUAAAAAUAAUAUUAAAUAUAAUUACACUUACAAUAAGAUUCAUUUCGUUUGUAACCCGGGCUUGCUAUAUUUUGACUCAUUCCUUCGCUUGGGAAAUGUCAACUCCCAUGAACAGUUGAUGGAAUUUAGUAGCAACUUCCCAUGACCUCUAUUUCAGAUUGUCAUAGAUUUAACAACAUAGUUGGAGCUGAAUUCUAUGAUCCAAAAUAGAAGUUUUC